AUGUGUGUGACGUACCAUGUUGCGUUUACGGUGACGAAGCCCAUGAAAACACUUAUUAUACUCCUGACAGGAAUGGAGAAUGUUGGUAUUCAGUGGGGGAAUGCUCCUGUACUGAAGGAGGAUUGCGUGGCUGUAGAGACGACAGCUGAAAAUGAACCGACUUGUUCUCCGCUCACUUAUUCCGAUCCCUUGCAAGCAGGCAUCCUGCACCGUCUGUGCAACGCUCGGCAGACGUCCUGCAUUUUAGGCACGCACCCCAGUGGUGGCAAUCCUGGUCACGGCGAAGAUGUCAUUCUCGUUGGUGUUGUUGCUGCUGCUGGAGAAGAAGGCUCUGGUAGGAGAGAGGCGUGCUUGCUUAAACAACUCAAGGAAAGGUCAUGCGAGCUUGAAAGGGCCAGAGGAGAGCUUCAUGUCUUACAGGAGGCUGUGGAGCGUGAGGCUGUACGAUGCAUCAAACGGGAAGAGACAUUGUUAGGAAACUUCAGACAUCUUGCGUUGGCACAGCGAGCCCUCUUGGUUUUUGGCAUGCUACUGAGGCCCACCGUCACACCGAACGAGAUAGACCAAUACGGAAGGGAAAACGACAAGGACGGGUCGUUGCCGGAGAAUCAAGGACUUUCCUCCGCACUUAUCCAUCAGUUGCGUGAGCGGUCCCUUGCCCCCAGUGAUUGUGUGGCCCAGUUAGGCACUGCCGCGUCCUCAACCACUGGGGCCGAACCUCCUUCCUUACGUGAGAAUGUGUCUACCGAAAGAUGA